AUGUUAGUGUUGGCCUUGCCAGAUUUGGUGUUGGAAAGCAUACUUGAGAGAGGCUCCCUCCAUCUUCACUUUGUCAAAUGUCAUUCCAUGAAGGAGAAAUGGGGUAGAGUUGUUGGUUCAGUUGCUUAUAGGGAGUGGAAAUGGCAUGUUGCUUCCAAAAGAAAUGUUGGCAGUGUUUUUUUAGACAUGUAUCUUGCUCUUGAGAGUAAUAGGCAUCCACCACAUGGAAGAAGGGUAACUACAAUAGAGCAUGGUGUCCCAUGGGAAAGGCUAAAGGCACCACCUAUUGAUACUCCUCCACAUGAUCUUCAUAUCUUUGAUUGUGUAGGUGAUUUGCUUCCGGGUGAUCACAUAGAGAUUAAGUGGAGGAGAAACAAAUAUCUUCCUUAUGGUUGGUUCCUUUAUUCAUUAUGUUCUUAA